UAUCCGCAGCAAUGCACCCUGGGUAGGCGUCAACAUGGCAGCCCGCGCGGUGCCUCUGGAUUACGGCGCAGCUUAACGACCACUGAAGCCCAACGAGCCUGUUUGACAUUUAAAUAAGCGUACAACAUGUUUCACGUCCUGUGCUGUAGAACGAGCCUCGCCGCUCCGCUGCGGUCACCGUCGUUACACCCGCGAGGCAACAAGGCAGCGGACGGCUGGAAGCUUUCACGGUGGUACACAUCUCCACCACCUCCCGCACACAGCUCCUCACAGCGGCCUGGAACUGCUGUCGGCCGUAUGUGGAGCCUGACCGUGAGCGCUCUGCGCCGGCCCCCCACCCCCCGAACGCCCUCCCCCCCGGGAGUGGCCCUGAAGUUCAUCCUGGGACCAGCAGUGCUCACCGUCUCCGCCCGGCUGCUCUGCCGCUCCGCUCGCUGCCAGGCAGAUUUAAAUAACAACGUCCCGGUGGAGCUUAAAGCCAAAAGCGCCGUGCCGGAGUUCAAAUGGCGCAUCUUGUGGGAGUUUGUUAAACCUCAGCUGUUUGCUCUCAUCGGCGCCGUGGUGCUGGCUUUUUGCGCCGCCCUCUUGAAUAUUCAAAUCCCGCUGAUGCUCGGGAAUCUGGUGAAUGUGGUGGCACGUCACCUGAGGGAACACACGGGGAAUUACGUCCAGGAGAUAAGAGGCCCCGCCCUGAAACUACUGGGGCUGUACGGGAUCCAAGGCCUGCUGACGAGCGGCUACAUCAUCCUGCUUUCACAAGUGGGGGAGAGGGUGGCCGCCGACAUGAGGAAGACUCUUUUCGCGUCCUUACUGAGGCAGGAUGUGGCUUUCUUCGACGGCAAUAAAACGGGGCAGCUGGUGAACCGUUUGACCGCUGACAUUCAGGAGUUCAAGUCCUCCUUUAAACUGGUCGUCUCCCAGGGUCUGCGGAGUAUCACGCAGACCUUCGGAUGUUUGAUCUCCCUCUACAUCAUCUCCCCCAAGCUCACCGGUUUGACGGUCAUCGUCCUCCCUUGCCUCGUGGGAGCCGGCGCUCUCAUCGGCUCCUUCCUCCGCAAACUGUCCCGCUUGGCUCAGGAACAGGUGUCCAAAGCAACAGGGGUGGCAGACGAGGCGCUCGGCAACGUGCGGACGGUGAAGGCUUUUGCGAUGGAGGAGCGGGAGCUCCAAUUAUAUUCGUAUGAGGUGGACAAAUCAUGUGAAAUGAAUGAAAAUCUUGGUUCAGGCAUUGCAGUUUUCCAAGGACUGUCCAACAUCGCUCUAAACUGCAUUGUGCUAGGAACUAUUUUUGCAGGAGGGACUUUGAUUUCCAGCAAUGAAAUGUCCCCCGGAGACCUCAUGUCUUUCCUGGUGGCCUCACAGACCGUUCAGAGGUCCUUGGCCAGUAUCUCUAUCCUCUUUGGGCAGAUGGUGAGAGGGCUGAGCUCCGGGGCGCGGGUGUUUGAAUACCUCGCUCUGGUUCCCACCAUUCCUCUGUCUGGGGGGCGACGCAUCCCGUACAACUCUCUGACAGGAAGAGUGGACUUCAUGAACAUUUCGUUCAGCUAUCCAACGAGACCUGGACAUCAGAUCUUAAAGAAGUUCAACUUAACGCUGCCAACUUGUAAAACUGUUGCCAUUGUUGGAGAAUCUGGAGGAGGAAAGUCCACUGUGGCGUCCUUGCUGGAGCGUUUCUAUGACCCGACCAGCGGCUCCGUCAUGCUGGACGGACUCGACAUUCGAACACUUGACCUGUCGUGGCUCCGGGGACAAGUCAUCGGAUACAUCAAUCAGGAGCCCGUCCUGUUUGGCUCGUCCAUCAUGGACAACAUCCGCUUUGGGAAACCCGAGGCCACGGACGCCGAGGUCGUCAACGCAGCCGUGCAGGCCAACGCUCACGGCUUCAUCACAGGCUUCCCGGACGGCUACAGCACCGUGGUCGGUGAGCGAGGUGCGACGUUGUCGGGCGGCCAGAAACAGCGCAUCGCCAUCGCCCGCGCCCUGAUCAAGAACCCCCGUAUCCUGGUGCUGGAUGAAGCCACCAGCGCCCUGGACGCGGAAUCCGAGCGCGUGGUGCAGGAGGCGCUCGACCGAGCGACGAGCGGCCGCACGGUGCUCGUCAUCGCCCACCGGCUGAGCACCAUUCAGAGGGCCGACCUCAUCUGCGUCAUGAGCCACGGGCGCAUUGUGGAGGCUGGAACUCACCUGGAACUGCUGAGCAAAGGAGGCAUUUACUCCGAUCUGAUUCGCAGGCAAAGAUCUGAGGGGCAGAAAUGAACACGUUGUUUACAGUAGCUCUGCACUGCAGGAUGGAAUUUAAUUUUAAAUUAAAUGUAUAGUAAAGCCUUGCCUAAAGAGAUAGAUUAUGUAAAACUCUGUCUAGAUUUAUGACACACUCUGAAAUUGAAGUAUGUAAAAGUGGACCAACAGGAUCAUACUGUGAUGAUACGCAAGCGACACUACUGUCCAGUAUCCACACUUCCAUAAUACUGUUUUCUCUUGUCAUGUAUAGAAAGAUCAAUUAUAUUGUGGUAGAAAAAAUAAACCGUUUUUAUGAGGUUAUAUUAUAAUUUGUUUUAUGGAUCAUACUACAGAGCAUGUUUAUGUUUUGUCACAAAUAAAAGUACAAAGGAACAAAGUGUUUAAUCACCUUG